AUGGCCCAGCACUCUGUGCAGCCAAAUCUUACCCAGCACGGCACCUUCGCCGCGAUCAGCCCGGUGCCCACCGUAGCUAAGCCCACCAGCAGCACCAAGUGCACCAAGACGGCUGCAGCCCCCGCACCCGCUCCGUCCCCAACCCCAGCGACGGAGGAGGCCGCAGAGAAGAACCCCGAGGACGCCCCGCUCGCACCGACCGUGCCCGGGGCCCGCCGCUCCCUCACGGUACUGCCGCACGCCGCCGCCGCCGCACGGCCACUUCCGGCGGCGCUACGGCGGCCGCGGCGGGACACGGCUCCCCCUCCCGCAGGGCGCGUGCGCGGAGGUCCGCGCGAGGCCGAGGCGAUGAGGGGCCUGGCGCGGCCGGCGCUGAGGGCGCGGUGGUGCCGCCCGCUCUGGGCGCUGCCGGCAAGGGCCGCCGCCGCUUCGCCUCCUUCUCACGCCACAGCCUCGCCGGGCUCGGGCGCGCUGAACCCCUUCGACCGCCGGCUGAAGCGGAAGCAGAAGAACUGGGCGGCGCUGCAGGCCGAGCCCGCCAAGUGCGAUUACCUGCGGGAGGAGGUUGGCGGCAGGAUCGCGGACCGGGUGUUCGACAUCACCAGAACGUUUCCUCUCGCUUUGGAUGUUGGCUCUGGAAGAGGUUACAUAGCUCAGCACUUAACCAAGGAAACAGUUGAAAAACUUAUUCAAGUUGAUAUCGCAGAGAAUGCUUUAAAAAAUGCUGUAGAAUCUGAAAUCCCAACGGUCAGGGUUGUAGCUGAUGAAGAAUUCCUUCCUUUCAAAGAAGAUACGUUUGAUCUUGUUGUCAGCAGCUUAAGUUUACAUUGGGUGAAUGAUCUUCCUAAGGCUUUCAGAGAGAUCCACCAGGUGCUCAAGCCCGACGGAGUGUUCAUCGGGGCCAUGUUUGGGGGGGACACUCUGUACGAGCUGCGCUGCUCUCUGCAGCUGGCCGAGCUGGAGAGGGAAGGGGGCUUCUCUCCUCAUGUGUCGCCCUUCACCGCCGUCGCCGAUCUGGGACAUCUGCUCUCCAGGGCCGGCUUUAACACCCUCACCGUGGAUACUGAUGAAAUCCAAGUGAACUACCCAGGGUUAUUUGAGGUUAUGGAAGACUUACAAGGUAUGGGGGAGAGUAAUUGCUCUUGGAAUAGAAAACCUCUUCUACACAGGGAGACAAUGCUGGCAGCUGCUGCAAUAUACCAAGAAAUGUACGGAAACAGCGAUGGCUCGGUACCUGCCACAUUUCAGAUCUACUACAUGAUUGGCUGGAAAUACCAUGAGUCACAGGCAAAACCAGCCCAGCGAGGUUCUGCGACAGUUUCAUUUGGAGAUCUGGCAAAAAUAGAAGGACUUCUUAAAAGAGGAAAAAAAUAGCUGUUCAUCAGAAAUAACAAUUGUCUUGAAACGUCUAUAAAAGUUUUAACUGCAGACAGUCUUCACUUGUGCUUAUUUAGUGAUGACAUCCUGAAAUGAUAAUAAAGUAUGCACAGUAGAGGUUUUUGUACUGCCACGGCAUCAUCUGUAUAAAAUGCUGUUAAUUUUUUGUUUCUAGAUAAACAUUUGAGCAGUUUCCUCUCCCAAGUCUUUGAGAGAGCAAUUCAGCUCUCAACUGUUUAUUAAAUUUACUGUUUUCAAAAAUAA